CUGUUAUUAAAUUCAUCGUAUUAAUACAUUUAGCAUGAAAAACUUUAUUUCUAUAGAUGCCAAAAAGGUAUUUGAAAAAUCCAUCAUCCAUUCCUGAUUUUAAGAAAACACUUAGUAAAAUAGGAAUAAAUGGAUACUUUUCAAACAAAAUCGCACACACACAAAAUGCUUGAUUGAUUUCCACUAAAACCAACAACAAAGUAAGUGCUUAUUACUGUGGCCAUUGCUCUGUAAUAUUGUAUUGACAAAAUCAAUUACCACACUGAGUCAAGAGCAAACAAUUAGAAACAUAAGAGAAGAAAACAUAAGGAGGGAAGAGGGAGAGCAGCCUCUGUGUGCAGACGAUGGGGCGGUGCCUGCGGAAAGCCGAGAGGAGCCGCAAUGACAGAGCACCUGAGCAGAAAGAGUGGAGUGAAAUGGCAGGGCAUAAAGUCAGCAAACAAAACCAAUACUUUCUACAUAGACACAAUAAUGAAAAUAAAGAAUAAUUGAAAAUACGGUGGAAGAGAAGUCUCCAUUUCCAAUAACAUCAAAAAAUAAAAUACUUAUGAAUAAACUUAAGAGCUAUGCCAGACCUGUAAGAAGAAAACAUUCUUGAAAAACACAAAAGUUGACUUGGACAAAUGGAAAGACGUUUCCCAUUUCACGUUCAUGGAUAGAAUAACUCAACAUUAUAAAGAUUUCAGUUCUUCCCAAGUUAAUGUAAAAAUGAAUUCCAGUCCUAAUGAAGUUUUUUUCUUCUUUCUAGCACCAGACAAGUUGAUCCUAAAGGUCCUAUGGAAAAAUAAAUAAGAAAGAACAACCGGGAAACCCCUGAAAAAGAAGAUUGAUAAAGGGGGCAAAACCCGCCAGAUUUUAAACCACAAAGCCUCUAAUUAAAACUGAGAGAGCAGUGGGUGUAUGAGAACUCUCUCCACUCUCCAUGUCUUUGCUGUAACUUGGCAGUGUCAUCACAUGCUGAGGGUUACUCUUUCUGGAAAUGGAGAAAACGGAAAGGCCGUUGUUUACCUUGUGGGUUUCCAUCUGUUCUUUGUUAUGUUUGUAUGGUCCUAUUGGAUGACAGUUUUCACAUCUCCCGCUUCCCCCUCCAAAGAGGCCUGAACAAAUAUGCUGCAUCUAAAAGUGUUUUGAUUGUGGGAAGCAAAUUGUCUAGGCUAUUGCUUGUUACACCUUAAUAUGGCUAGUGUUUCUUCGAACUGGAGGUUCCACUUGGAAAAUAAUAGAUGCAUCCUGUCAGGGAAGAACUUUCUGACAAGUUACAGUUUUCUUAAAAGAGAAUGGGCCGUCUUGCAAAGUAGGAAAGUAUUUCUAUACCUGCAAGUAUUCGAGAGGGGUUGGAUCUCAGAAAUGUCGGCAGAUUCCUGCUUGCCUGGAGGGUUAGAUAAGUGGCCCCUGAAGACUCGACUUAAGUUCUACUUGUCCAGUUCUGACAAGGAACGUUAUGAAAAGGAAUUCAACCAAGAAAGACAACAAGAAAUUUUGAGAAGAACGGCAAGGGACUUACCUAUCUCCACCCUGUCAGCUGCAAGGACCAUCAGAUAUUGUGAAAGAUGUCAGUUGAUUAAACCUGACCGUGCGCAUCACUGCUCAGCAUGUGACAUAUGUGUUCUUAAGAUGGAUCAUCACUGUCCUUGGGUGAAUAACUGUGUGGGAUUUUCUAAUUAUAAAUUCUUCCUGCUGUUUUUAUUGUAUUCCCUAUUAUAUUGCCUUUUCGUGGCUACAACAGUUUUACAGUGCUUUAUAAAAUUUUGGACGCUUUGCCGCAGGAAAUCUACAGAGAGUUGUGCAAAGAAUGAACUCUCAGCUACACGUGCAAAAUUCCACGUGCUUUUUCUUUUCUUUGUGUCUACAAUGUUCUUCAUCAGCGUCCUGUCGCUGUUCAGCUACCACUGCUGGCUAGUUGGGAAAAAUAGAACAACGAUAGAAUCAUUCCGUGCACCCACAUUUUCCUAUGGACCUGAUGGAAAUGGUUUCUCUCUUGGAUGCAGUAAAAAUUGGAGACAAGUCUUUGGUGAUGAAAAGAAAUAUUGGCUACUUCCAAUAUUUUCAAGUUUGGGUGAUGGUUGCAGUUUCCCAACUCGCCUGGUGGGGAUGGAUCCAGAGCAAGCUUCUGUUUCAAACCAAAACGAAUAUGCCAGAAGUAUUGGCUCAAAUCAACCCUUUCCUGUCAAACCACUUAGUGAAUCAAAAAACCGGUUAUUGGACAGUGAGUCUCAGUGGCUAGAGAAUGGAUCUGAAGAAAGCACCGUCAGAUCAGGUUUAUAAAAACAUAUUAUGGACUGAUAUUUUCAGUUUUAUUUGCAAGAAAAUGAUCAAUGGAAUGAAAUAAUUGAAGUCUAAUGGAAGAUGUAUUUCUUAACAAAGGAAGCCUUUGUGCAGAUCCUGGACCCACAGAAGCACUGCUCUGGAGCGGGAAGCAUGCCUUAAUCUGAAGUUAGCCCGUUUGUGCAGCAUUGACCUACAGCCACAAAAGGGACUUAAUUUUACUUUGGAAGUAACACUAUGAGAUGCUAUAAUAUGAGCUAUCAAAUGACAUGGUAACAUGGCAUAUGUAUUUUUCUGAUACCUGAGUUACAUUAUUAGAGCUGUUUCUUAGUAUCCAUAUAAAUGUUCACUCCAGAAACACAAGCUAAAAACUUGUCUUAAGUGAAAUACAUCCAGGGCAGCAUGGUGGCUGAAAGUGAAUAAUAAUAUCCAAAUUGCUGUUGCUUGUACUGUGUAAGGAAAAGAAAAUAACUGGCUUUUUUUUAAAUUGGGUGUUUCCUAAUUUGUAAUUACUGUUUUAUACUUUUCAACAUCUUUAAUAAAGAUUUUUUUAUUGUUGGCUAUAAAAUAACACUCAGAAGGAUUCAGAUAUCUAAAUAUAAUCAUUUAAAAUAGGGAGCACAUUUGUAUAAUCCGUUGAAGGCUUAGUUCUGAGCAUCAAUCCAACCAUGUAGGGUAGAGUCUUGCCCAAGGCUGAAAGACAGCUUGGCAGUUUAAGAACUUUUUUGUUUCUGCUUUCAAAUUACUUUUUUGUUGAACUUUCCUGGGUAUUUAUAUGGGCAGGAAAGCACAAAGGUACACAUGCUAUAGAAGCAUUGGACCCAGUAGGAACAGCUAGAAGUGGCUGGAAGAAAAGUGUAAAGAGGAGGAUAGGCAGGCUUGUAAGCUGUUAAAUAUUUCAGUCCCAAGGUACUUAGAAUGCAGCAUGCUAUUGAGCUGCCUUUCAAAUUUCAAUUUAGGUAAUGACUAAAAAUUACUUUGAAACUUUUUGUAGUAAUCCUGUAACAGCUUAAACGGUGACUUAAAAUGCAAUUUGAACUAGGGUUAAACUGUUUAGCGUAAUACUGCUCUCAGAAAAGCAAUUCUAACCUGAGUAGUCAUUUAAAGCUUCCAGUCUCUGAGCAGUGGAUUCCACUCUUAAAUGCAAAAUGUUAAAUCUGACUUCCUAACAACAACCCCUUUUUGCCUAGACACAUAACCCCUUUUUCCUUGUGAAAUCUAAUCUCAAUGACAGGAAUUGUUGCAUUAAUUCUAAAGAAAAAUACAGUAUUCUUUAAGGAGAAACGAUGUAGAAAUGUUACUCCUUGUUUAUACUGUUUAGUCAAAUACACACACAGAAACCAAAACGAUUGAUUGCUUCCAGUAGUGGGUAGAGAUAAAUCUUAACCAGAAUCUAUAGGUACCAACAGUGAUGGUUUACCUGUCUGUAAAGUGGGAUUGGGCGAGGGGCGUUGGAAGCAGUUGGACUGGAUAAUCUCAAACAUUCUUCGAUUUCUAAUUUUGCAAAAUAACCUUACUUUUCAUUCAUCCAACAAAUAUUUUUAGAGUACCUUCUGUACACCAAACAGUAUACUAGAGAUAGCUCUAUAAUUUCCUAAUGGAGUAUAAAUUUUACAGUCAACUAUUCCAGGUUUACAGUUUAUUUACCAUUACAAUUUAUAGGAUUUAUCUAAUUCCAUUGGCUAUACUAACGUCAGAUUUUAAAAAGAAGUAACAUUUUUUCCCUUUGAACCAAAGGAAUGAGUUAUCUUUGAAAAUACAACUUAGAAUACUGUAAUAUGAAUUCUUAUACCUUUAUUUCAACUCUGUAAUCUUAAUAGUCUUGGUUCUAGAAAACUUUUAAGUAUGAGAGUUAAGGGAUAUCAAUUACCAACCAAAAACAUCAUUUCAGUUUGGCGGUUUGCAUAUUACAGGGAAAUAGUACGUGUUUAAACUCACUUGACUACUUUCAGACGUGUUCACUGCUCCUUUCUGUGAGUCUGUCUCCAUUUAGAUCACAGGAUUAGAAUGCACCUGAUUAGCAACUGAGGAAAGAGACUUUUCCCCUUAACCUAUUCAGGCCCUUUUGUGGGGUUGUAAUCUUUCUCAGUUCUUUUCAUUUCUAUUGUUUAGCAUCAUAUUUAAUAGCAUAGUAAACACUUCUCCAGAAAUUUUCAGUUAGAGCCUUUCACUUUAGUUCCCUUCGGUUUAAUUUAUGGCCAACAUUUUGCCACGUUCUAAAUAAUACUUGGCUGAGUUUAUUCCUGCGUAUUAAUGACCAUUCCCCAAGGGCCUGCAGGUGGAAUGGGGAUCACGGAAAGGCUGCCUCUUUGGUGUUUAACUGGUAUUGAUUCAUGCUAGCAACUCUGGGGAGAAACGGUCAAAAUGAAGCCUUGUCAAAAUUUAUUAGUACCAUCUUUGGUCCUUCAAACACUUGAACAGAUAUGAUGAUAUUUAAGGAAAAUAAAGUUGAAUUUCAGGUAUGACCAUUGCCAUUAAAAACAGAUUGGGCAGGAGACUUGGUUUUACCUGGAUCCAAACUACUUGAAUAUUCAAGGCAUCUGACCAGUACCGCCAGGCCAACCACAGAGCAGCGCCAGUGUAGUCUUACCACCAGGAACGUGUUUACAAGGUUUAGUUUCAUCUUUACAUGUGGAUGAUUUUUAAAGUCUUUUUACAUAUUUAGUGGUUAUGAUCCAAUGUGUCCUAAGUUAAUAUAAGAUUAGUUUAAAUCAAAUACGCAAUGUUUACUUGAAUUUUAUUUCUAUUAGAAACAGAUUUUGACUAUGUUUACAGGAUUGUGUGAAUUAAAGUUUAUCAGACGUGAGUUUCCAUUCAGUAAUCUUUAAAGCAAAUGUCUAUUAAGGGCUUCAUGUUAGGAUCUGCGUAUUUGGGGCACUGAGUAGACAGUGACUUACAAAUAUGCUUCACUUACACUUUGUUCUAGGACUAGCACUGCUAUCAAUGGGGAGUAUUUUUAACUAAUCUGUUAUUAAGAAAUUAAUCAUAUUUUUGCAUUUCAGCCAAAAUAAAUACCAUAUCUAAUAAUCUGCAAGAUAUAGGUAAUAUAUAAACCUGAAAUCCAUGUUUCAUAUGAUCUGAACUGUAUUUUCCAAUUAAAAAUGCAAUAUAGAUUCAGAAAGGUCCAUAUUUUUCUAACGACUUCACUUUGUAUUAUUUUGUUGGGUUGCAUAAAGAAGCAAGGAAUUGUAUUUGUAUUAAAAGCUUAAGAAAGCUAUCAGGCAAGUUUACUAUAUUUGUACAUGAUUGCAGAUGAGUCUAUGCCCAUUUAAAAGAAAAUAUGGACACUAUUUUAAAGUGAUCUUUAAUAUGCUUUUAUAUAAACAAAUUUGAAAUAGAGUUUACUUUGGUUGUCUUUACUUAUCAAGUGCCACCAGUCUUGUGUUUGUUUCUCAUAAGUCUGACUCUGGACCAUGACUUAAUGUUAGCUCUUUGCUUUGUCUUUUGGAUGGCCUAACCUACAUUAACAUGAAGGCUGGACACUUUUAAACUUUUUUUUCAAAAAUCAUAAUAAUUUACUUUAUUAAUAAACAAAUAAAGUCCUGUAUUUUAACAGUU